CUGGCUCUCGAUCAUAGCAAAGCAGGACUGCGUCUGAGCUCUGGCACGCUGAAAUUGCUUCCGGUCAUGCGAUAUCCCUCGGUGGCGUCAUAGCUAAGUGUUUAGCUUCUCUGACAGUUGGAAACUGACCAUUUGAAGGCAAGGGAGAGGUCCUUCAAAGGUUCACCGUGAUGGUAAUCUUUCUUAUCUUCUAUAGCGGAGUCUUGCUGACAGUAUGGGGACAACCAACUUUAUAUCCUCUGUCUAUCCAUGCCUGUCCAAAUGAGACAGUGACAUACUAUUGUCAUGGCAGUCAGAUCAGUGUCAUUGCGUGGGAAGUACCACCUUACAUUCCCUGGCAGACCCAUAUUGCAGAUCAUGCUGCAGGAAUUGCUCUGCUGAUAUACACAUGGAUCGUGAAGAUAUAUUCUUUGCCACCCUCACCAAUAUCACAAGGUUGAAUGGUAGUGUGGCAGACAUGACUACUAGUCUGAUGAUCAUCACAUAUGGGAUACAGAAUAAGACAACCAUCACCUGUCAUGUGGUAACAAGAGACUUACAGAAACCUCAGUCAUCAUCAACAUUGUAUUUAACAGCUAUACCAAGCUUAAAGGCACCCUCUAUUACAUACCAAGAGAAGAAGGCAUACUUCACAGCAGUACUAGAGCUGGGAGAUAUGUUUGAUGGAGGAGGAGUUCCAAUUGAUCACUACAUUAUUCAAGUGGACAACGGCACACAGUUGGAAACUCCAGGCCCCACUUACAGUUUUGACAUCAUGUACAAUACUACACUGUCAGUGAACAUCUCAGCCCACAACUGUGCAGGAUACAGUGAUCUCUUUCGAGUAGAGAUUGAGUAUAAUGAAGAUGAAACAUUCAGUUCCAAAAGCAUUGUACCAUCCACAGAUUCAGUGGUACACCGUUCACCCAGUAUGACACAAAGUCCUACUACCCAGAGUCCU